UGUACUGCUUCCGUAUAUCGUUUAACCAUGUAGGUUCAUGGUUUAACAGUGUGUAUUUUUCAUUUGUUGUCACAUCAUCAGCGGUGUAUAUCCAACCCAGAGAGAAUCAUCUAAGAUAGAAAGAGGCAUGAAGGGCGGGACCAAGUUAUGUGUCUCAGCAACCGUAGCAGCAAUGGGCGUGGUCAUCGCAGUGAUAGGCGUGUCAUUUCUUCAUUUCUUCCCUGUCAUCUUCGAUGAAACAUUGAAGAAGCAAACCCGACUCGUGGAGGGGAACAUGGGGUAUGAGAUCUGGAAGAACCCACCUGCCGAUAUCUAUGUUGACUUCUACGUAUGGCACCUUGAAAACCCACUAGAGGUAGAGAAAGGUGCUAAACCUAAUGUCACACAGAGAGGACCAUAUACAUACAAAGAAAACCGGUCCAAGGAGUUUAUCCAGGAUAAUAAGAAUGGAACAUUAUCCUACAUCCAGCCACAGCGGUUCAUCUUUGAUCCUGUCCAUUCUGUAGGGGACCCCAAGAUUGAUAACUUUACAACCAUCAACAUGCCCCUCCUGACAAUCGUCAACCAUCUCCAGUACAUGCCUGAGAACUACCGGUACCUGUUCGACAUGAUAGCGACCAUGGUAGAGAAACAUCUCCACGCUACACAUACCGUUCAUGACUUCAUCUGGGGUUACUUCAGUCCUCUGCUCUUCCUUGCCAAGAUGCUGGAACCCGAUAUGGUGCCCAAGGAUUCUUUUGGAAUAUACAUUGGGAAGAACACUACAUAUGAUGGAAUAUACACCGUUUAUGACGGAGUGAGAAAUUACACUGAAACCAACGAAAUCGAGAAGUGGAAAGGAAUGGAUAGAGUCUCGUAUUGGACUACGAAGUAUGCUAACAUGAUCAAUGGCACAGAUGGUACUUACUUUGGACAAUUUUUAUCGAAGGAGGAAAAGGUUUACAUUUUUGUUUCAGACAUUUGUCGCUCAGUGUACGCGACAUUUAAACAAGACAUGGAAACUCGACGAAUUCCAACAUGGCGAUACACUGUACCCAAGCCUGUGUUUGAUAACCAUUACGUAGAACCAACCAAUUCUGCAUUCUGCACACCAGACAAGAAGAGCUGUUUACCAGGCGGAAUCCUCAACAUCACCGAUUGCCAGUUUGGAGCUCCAAUCUAUUUCUCAUCGCCGCAUUUUCUCUACUCGGAUGAUGAAGUUUUAGACAUGAUAAACGGAGUCCAUCCUAAUGAGACACUGCAUCAAACAUUUGUUGAUAUAGAACCGUACUCUGGAGCUCCUUUAAAGGUUGCGAAGCGAAGCCAAAUAAACACAUACAUCCGUAGCUAUGAUUUCAUCGAGUUUUACAAGGAAGUACCAGAAGCCUAUUUACCCCUCGUUUGGAUGGAAGAGAGAAGCUUCGUUACCAAGGAAGCGGCUAGUCAACUUGAGCAGCAGUUAAUGUUACCUCUGGCUAUAGGAAAAUAUGUACCGUGGACAGUCUUCAGCUUCGGACUCUUACUAGUGCUGGUAGGGGUAGGUUGUUCUUGGCGCCAAAGGAAAGAAUGGAAGGGGUCCGACGGCUUAAAUGUAAAUACAUUGAUGACGGACGAAGACGGGUAACCAGUGAUGGACUACAUGUGAUUAUAGCUUCCCAACAAUACAAUGGCGUUUCCAGCACACAGCAAGGGAAGAGGGCGCUACUAUUUACGCUGGUUGCACUAUUGGUACCACCAAGUGUUUUCAAGGAAGUUGAAAAGAUGUGUUUUGAUUUCAUAUGGAAUGGACAUGAUAAGAUAAAAAGGAAUAUUUUAUAUUUGAACUAUGAUAAAGGGGGUUUGAAAAUGUUGAAUUUCAAGUACAUGAUCUAUGCUCAGCGUGUAGUGUGGAUUAAGAAACUGCUCGGUGGCAAUAAUGACAUGAAAUGGAAACAAUUUUUCGAAUAUAUAUUCAGAACGGUAGGAGGAAAGUUAAUAUUUCUUUGCAAUUAUAAUCCCAAAACAAUCAAUAUUAAGGCACCCAAUAUAUACUUGGA